AUGUCGGCGGCUCAGACUCUGUACCCGCGCCAAACAUCGUUCGCCCCAGAUGCCAAUCUUUCACCAGGAGAGCAGGUCCUCCAAUUGAUUGCCAACCCUUUUCAAACUUCACUUCAAACCGGUGCCUUUUGGGCUUCUCUUGCAACAUCACUAGGAAUCAGCGCCGGUCUCGCGCUCCUUUUCUGCCUCAUCCGCCCUCGAAACAACGUUGUCUACGCUCCACGACUGAAAAAUGCAGACAAAGAUCACGCUCCACCACCGAUUGGCAAGGGGUUGUUUAGUUGGGUGGCACCUGUUAGGCAGGCGUCUGAGCCAUUUCUGAUGGAGAAAAUCGGAGUGGAUGCCGUGAUCUUUCUGCGGGUCACUCGCAUGCUGAGGAAUAUGUUCCUGGUCCUCGGAUUGAUCGGGAUUGCCAUCAUGAUCCCAAUCAACAUCACUCAAGGCAACAGAGCAAUCACCGAUGGGUUGGACGCCUUCGCCAUCAUGACACCCUUAUUCAUCUUUGGCGGUGGGUUGUGGGCUCAGGUGGUUAUGGCAUGGCUGAUGGAUUUGGUCGUGAUCUACUUCCUUUGGUUUAACUAUCGUCGAAUCCUGAAGCUGCGCCGAGCUUACUUGGAAAGCCCGGAUUACCAGAGGAGUCUGCACGCUCGGACACUGCUGCUCCGCGAUAUCCCAGGCCAACUUCGGAACAACGAAGGCAUCGCACAUGUGAUCGAUGAAGUCAACCCCACGGGUGCAGUCCCGAGAACCACGGUUGGGCGGAAUGUCAAGGUCUUGCCCGACUUGAUCGAAGAGCAUGAAAAGGCUGUCCGGGAACUCGAGUCUGUCCUUGCAAAGUAUUUGAAAAACCCAGACAAGCUACCACCGAACCGCCCAAUGAUCAAGGCACCUGGCAAGUACAGAGGUCAGACCAGCGGAGGCAAGGUCGACGCCAUUGAUUACCUGACCGACCGAAUUCGAGCGCUCGAAAUGGAAAUUUCCGAUGUGAGAGAUCGUGUCGACAACCGCGAUGCCAUGUCCUACGGGUUUGCCAGCUGGGAUCAGAUUGCUCAAGCGCACACGGUGGCCUUCCAGGCACGGAGCAAGCGGCCACAGGGCACCAAGAUCCAAUUAGCACCUAGGCCGAAUGAUCUGAUUUGGGACAACCUGGCACUCUCUCGAGCUUCCCGGAAGGCUAAGCGGAUAAUGAACGGUGUCUGGAUCGCUGUUCUCACAAUCAUCUGGACCCCCAUCAACGCAGGCAUCGCCGUCUUCUUGUCCAAUCUGUCCAACUUGGCUCUUGUCUGGCCGGCUUUCAAAUCUCAGCUCGAGGCGCAUCAUGCGGCCUGGUCGAUCGUACAGGGUAUAGCAGCCCCUGCCAUUACCUCGCUUGUUUACCUGCUGCUUCCCUCCAUCUUCAGACGACUCCAGGUGCGCGCCGGAGAUGUGACCAAGACUGAGCGAGAACGCCAUGUCUUGCGAAACUUGUACAGCUUCUUCACUCUCAACAACUUGGUGGUCUUCUCGAUUUUCUCCGCUGUUUGGCAGUAUGUGACGAUUGUGAUCCAGUACAACAAAAACAACAACGACCUUUGGACUUCUCUGAGAGAGGGCCAAUUCUUCCUGGUUAUCACAACCACCCUCUGCCAGAUCUCCCCUUUCUGGGUCACUUGGCUUCUUCAGCGAAAUCUUGGAGCCGCGACUGACCUGGCACAACUCUGGCAGUUGACCUACGUCUGGUUCGCAAGGACGUUCAUGUCACCCACGCCCCGACAAAAUAUUGAGUGGACGGCACCUCCAGCAUUCGACUAUGCCAGUUACUACAAUUACUUCCUUUUCUACGCUACGGUGGCCCUCUGUUAUGCAACGCUCCAGCCAAUCGUGCUGGUCGUCACAGCAUUGUAUUUUACCAUCGACACGUUUCUCAAAAAGUAUCUCUUGAUGUACGUGUUUGUCACCAAAACCGAAUCUGGUGGCCAAUUCUGGGUGACCAUAUUCAAUCGGAUGAUUUUUGCCACCAUCUUGUCGAAUGUUGUCAUUGCCGUUGUGGUGAAAGCGAGAGGAGAAUGGAGCCUUGUCGCCGCAAUCGCUCCUCUGUUGGUCAUUCUGAUCGCUUUCAAGUGGUACUGUAUGAAGGCCUUCGAUCUGGACCUGAAAUAUUAUGCUCGUGGUGCCGCCCAAGAUUCAGAACGUAUGGCGGCCGAAGGCAAGGCUGGUAAGGCGGAAAGGAUUUCUUCGAAAUUCGGCCAUCCUGCUCUUUACCAGCCUCUGAUGACACCGAUGGUUCACGCCAAAGCUAGACAUGUCCUAGCCGAGAUCUACCACGGUCGCCUCAACUCGGAAGCAGGACAAUCCAUGACUUUCUCCGACAUUGCCAUGCAGCCCAUGAGCGAGACCAGCAAACCGCCUCAGAACGUUCCUUUCGAAUUCGUUCCUGAGGCACAGCAAGAUUUCCAGUUCUACAGGAACCGCGAGGAUUUCCGAUCAGAGGCUGGUGACGACUUGCUGUCCGGCUCGAGAGCUCAGACCCCAGCUCCGUCAAUUGGGAAGAACGAAUUUGGCUCGGCUCCAAGUACUCGGGACUCAAGCCCUGCCCCAACUGUUCCGCGUCAGCCUGUCCACCGCAAGCAGUUUGACCAGUCCAAUGUGCCUGCCCAAUUCCGAGUGAGUCCUGCCGCUCCUCCUGCCGGCAACCUCGAGCCCCGUCACGGUCCGUACACAGAUCCAUACGACGACCGCGCGAAUUUGCUGGGAAGUGCGGGAGACAUCAGGACGCCGAAUGGAGAGUUCAUGGCGUUGGAUCAAUUCCGGACACCCAUCGAAAGUCGCGACGGCAGCGAAUAUCACGACAAUACACCGAGAGACGAGUUGAGUUAUGACUAUUUCAGGAGCAAGAGGUAG